AUGUCUGAUGCGGCAGCAAGCGAACAAGUGCCACCUCCUGCCGAAGAAGCCGGACAGCAGGGUGGCGGAGCCGCAGUUUCUACUAGUACCACAGUUCUUCCGACAAAAGCGGGAGGUGGAGGAGGCGCAGGCAAGCGCGCUCCGGGUAUGUCGAUCGAGCAAAAGCGUGCUCGAUUGGUGAGUGGAAUGGGGAGUGAUAUGUUCACGAUGAAGGAUCUGGAGAAGCUAGGAGGUUCUAUGGGUGUCCGACAGCCCUUUUUGAAGGAGAUUUUGGAAGCCUUGCUAGCAGAGAAUGAGGUGUUGUCGGAGAAAGUGGGUGCGAGUACGCUCUACUGGCUGAAUCCCGAAAAGGUGCCUUCCGAACGAAAAUGCCUAGAGCAAUUUGAAUCUCUAGUUGCGCAAGAAGAAAAACUCAAGAAGACUUUGGCGGAGCUGGAGGCAGAAAGUAGUUCAUCUUCAAAAUCUUCAUCGUCAUCCAAAUCCGGCACAUCAGAACAAGAGCAGAACCAAAAAGCACCUCCACCGCGCUCCGUUAUUGAGAAGCAAGCUAGGGCAAACGCGGCAGCAAAGAUAACGCUGCAGAAUUUGCGUCAGCGAGAUCCAGAGCGCGUCGCUUUGCUGAAAUCGUUGCUGCCGACAGCUCAAGGCGCAGCCAAUCGAUGGGGAUGGCACGUUGAUUCUUUGCGGUCAGAAUUGAUGCGUCGUAGUAGUUCAUCUGGUGGCGGAGGAGGAGGAGAGGGAGUCUCUCUCCUGCAGCAAAUUAAUGACCAUUUCCAAUUGCAGGAAGAAUAUGAGGAUAUUGUUUGAAGACAAGGACCAGCUGACUGUGGUUGGCGAAUAGAUUUAAUGAGUACUUCUAACUAAAACUUGCAAAUUACAAAACUAACAUGAUGAUGAACAAAAACGAAGAUCGAUUCUCCUGGCUGCAGCUCGUUAGUACUUUUUUUCAACACUGAACCCUCCGCAUCCCCCCUAUCAAGCGUAGCACUUUACGACGAACGCAACUUGAUGCAUUUGAUAAAAUAGCUUUACCACAUCAAGAGGUAGUACCUAGUACUUAAGUAGUAUUUUUGCACAUUGAUUACUGUAAGAAAUUGCGAGUACAAGGGCGAUGUCGCAUCAUAUUCGAAGAAAGUAUCCGCCAAAGAAAUGCGAACUAUAUUUGAAGAACGCUAGAUGAAAUCAGAAUAAAAGACUGAAAGUUUAGCGAUCGUGAUGGAAGCUGAAGAGCAAGAUCGUGGUUUUGUUGGAUACGCGCAACAAUUGACUUGAGGCAAUACACUCACAGUCGAAAGAACUCUAAUGAUGAGAACUGCAGUGAUGUGCUGCCUAACCCUAAGCAUCAAGCAUAUUCAGAUACUUGUCAGUAAAAAUGCACUCUGAUGUCGUCGCUACGUGCGUGUGAAAUCAAUUCUGUGAGCAUGAAACUUGGCAAGAAAUAAAAGACAAUAAUGUUGAAGUAAAGGCCAAGUAUUGAGUUCAUUCCUUGUCGAAAAGAAGUGUUUUCAUAUUGUUCAUUGUUUGUCGGGGAAAAGAAGCUGAACCGAUAAGAAAAAGAACACUUGUCAUCAUUCAACACCAGAAGACAUGAUCCACGAACCCAUUUUACGUGAUACUCGACGGUUAACAGCGGCAAAAUGAGCCGGCCAAGUUGUUCCGUUGUUCGUCUAUUCUUGAAUCUUCCUUAAUCUUCACAUGCUGCGACAGCUGCAUUUUAGAUGUUGCGUGUAAUAAUGAUGAAAAC